AUGGAAAAUUUUGGAGGAAUUAUAAGGAUGGCAUCUGAACAUCCAAAAUUCAUAGAACUUAUUUAAAAUGUAGAAACUCCUAGUACUGUUAAUUAAAAAAAUAAAAUUCACUAAUAAAAUUGCUCUUUUCACAAAUUUAAAGAAAAUCAUAAUUUAGUCAUUUCAACUGGAUAUCUCAUAGCAAAAUUUGCUUAGGCAAUAAAAUCAUUUAAUAUAAAUAUUAUAUCAUAGCAUAUUGAAUUUAGUUUAUUAUUAUAAGAUGAUAAGGAGAUUAGAUUGAAUUUAAUUUGCCUAAAUUAUGAUGAUUGGAUUGCAGAAUAAUUAAAUACUUGCUACAUUGAAAUAGAAUUAGCAUUUAUUGUUUAUUUUGAAGUUCCUACAAUCAAUAAUUUUUAAAAUAUUCCAAAAUAUUGCAAAUAAUUUUUAGUAUAAGGAGAGGAAGUUUUGAUAACAAGUUCUACUUAAUUGUUGAAAUUUAAAAGAAUAUAAUAAUAAUAUUAUCGGAAGGCAUAAGUCUCAUAAAUAUUCACAAAUUAAAAUUCAUCAAAAUAAUUAAUGAUGUUGGGAAUGGUUAGUUAAAUAGGUCAAGAAGGAGGAUCUAUUUUUAAUUUAAAAGGAGAAUACAUUGGAAUGCUUCUUUAAAAUAUUAAAAUAAGCAGAAUAAAUAAUAGAUACUGUACAUUUUGCAUAAAUUGGGUAGUUAUAAGUUCUAUUUUAUAUAAAUUAAAUUACAAACUUAGUCUGUCAUAAUUUAAAUAUGAUUUUAUCGAUUAAAUGCUUAAAGCUACAAAAUAUAUUUCAUAAGGGGCUGGUUAAUUUGGCAGCGGGAUUUUGAUAAAUGAUACGCAGAAUUAAUAAAGUUAUAUAAUAACUGCGAAUCAUAUUUUGUCAGAAAAUAAGAAAGGAUCAAAAUUAUUAAUUGGAGUAGAACAAUAUGAAGCAUUUAUAAUGGAGGAAUCUUUUAACAAUAUGGAUUUUGCUUUAGGAAAAGCUAAGAACUUUAUUUUAUAAGGUCUUAAUAUAGAAGAUAUUAUUUUCUCAGAAAUUCCUGAGGUAGGAUCUACAGUUUAUGCUGUUGGGUAUUUAUAUACUCUAUUUUAAUAUAAGCCUUGUAUAGCCAAAGGGUCAAUUAUUAAAAUUAUAUAUGACUAACAUAAUGAAAUCAUUUCAAUUGUGACAGAUUGUUACAUUCAUAAUGGUUAUAGUGGAGGAGGACUAUUUAAUUCAUUAGGAUAAUUAUUAGGGAUCAUUUCCUUUAAUAUUUACCAUUCUACUGAAGGUGUUAUUUGUGAUUUAUCUUACAUUACUCCUAUUUUCCCAUUCAAAAUAAUAUUCUAAGAUCUAGCUAUAUAAAAGUAAACAAUUUAAUUAGUUUAGAAAAUUAUCUUAGAUCUCAAUAGAUAAAUUAAAAUUAUAAAUCAAAUUGUCUUCUGAAAUUAGGACUUUAUGUACUUUGAGAGAACUUCCAUAAAUAGGGUAUACUCCAAAAUUGUGA